AUGGCGCUCGCCCGACACUCCCAUUUCCUGGCGCACUCCAGCAACGUCAACUGUCUGCGAUUCGGCCGCAAGUCGGGACAAGUUGCUGCGACUGGUGGCGACGAUAACUUAGUGAAUCUUUGGCGGCUGCGCGAGAAGGAGACGAAGAACAUCAUGAGCUUGUCAGGCCACCAGAGCGCUGUCGAGAGCAUCGUGUUUGACCCAGCAGAGCACAAGGUGGUGGCAGGCUCCCAAGCAGGCUCGAUCAAAGUGUUUGACCUGGAGGCUGGCAAAGUGGAUCGGACGCUGAAAGGGCAUAUGGCGUCGACUACUACCGUGGACUUCCACCUUUACGGUGACUAUGUGGCCUCUGGUUCAAGAGAUACAAUUGUGAAGGUGUGGGACCUGCGGACCAAGAGUUGCAUGCAAACAUUUAAGGGGCAUUCGUCGGAGGUGACAGCCGUGAGCUUCACUCCGGAUGGACGCUGGCUUACUUCAGGUGAUCAGGAGGGUGUCAUCAAAAUCUGGGAUCUUACAGCUGGGCGCCUUCUUCACGAGUUUCCUGACCACGGUGGAGCUAUCACCAGUCUUGAAUUCAACCCGGAGGAAUUUAUUUUGGUAUCUUCUGCUGCCGACCGCACCGUGAGAUUCUGGGAUGUUCAGGAAUUCGCUUUGAUAGGCGUCACACCUGUAGAUAACGCUGCGACUACAUCAAUGAGCCACACAGUUACAGAGCCGUACAGCGGCAAGUAUCUCUUUUGCUGCUCACAGGAAGCGAUUCGAGUAUGGUCGUACGAAACUGCUAUCGAGUGCCACGACAGUGUAAUGAUGCCGCGCCAGAAGGAGUUAGGCCAUGUGGAGAUUCAUGCAGACACAACGAUGACACAGGAUAUGAAGCUGAUGGGCGGAUGCAUUCAGGAUGCUUUCGUCUCCGUGUGGGUACUAGACGUGAGGCAGAUGCGACCAUUUAGCCGCACAAGCAGCAACAAUACCGACCAUGGAGCAACAGAGGCAAGAGGCACGAGCAAGCCACUAUCUGUAAGAGACCCAACCCCAUCCGCGCCGGAGCCUGUUGAACAACCCGUGGCUAAACCUGUUGACACACCAACUACACAUCUACCUGCUUCACGAAGCGCAUCUCGAGAAUCCGGUAAUGGAAGCUCCAACGGUCCCGUCGCCGAGGCGACACGCCCAGUUUGUGCAAGACUGGACACUCCAGCGCCAGCAGAGGACUUACCGUCACAAAGGAAGGAGCAAGAUGUAGUUACAUCGGACUUCGUGAUGGAGCUUCGCUGUGGAAUGGACACAUGCAUAAAGGCGUUCAAGGCUCGACAGAAGUGCGUACAGCAGCUACUGGUUCACUGGGGAAAGGGACAUUUGCACGAUGGUCUCCGAUAUAUUGGCGAAUUACCGAAAGGAAAGCGCGAGGCUGUCCUCGUGGAUGUGCUGCGUAUCACAGACUUAAAACUAUUAGGGGUCGAUCUGGAGGCUUGCGUGCUGCUCCUUCCGCUUAUCGUGGAGAUCUUGGAGAGCAAGUUUGAGCUAUAUUUAAGCAUUGGCAUUGAUUCGGGACGCAAACUCUUCGAUGCAUUUUCGCCCAUGGUCAAGAACGCUCGGGAUGCACGACAAUACCGUUCGCGGGCGAUUAAUCUCGCAGGAGAAGAACGAGCUCAACGGUGCAACACUUGCGACGUUUAUUUCCAGGAGAUGGAACAGCGCGUGCAGCAGCUAGUUGAGACCUGCAGCUACUCAUCCCUGCAAAGCAAGAUCAAUACUCUCGCACGAGCACUCGGCGACCACUUUAGUCAUUAAUCCAGAUCUAGGAGGGCUUGGUCACCAAUAAGCGACCGACGGCUACCUCAGUGGUAAGAAAUUGUGAAAUGAGCAAGGAACUUCGACAUUAUCGACCCAGUGAUUCAAGGAAUACACU